AUGGGUAUUUUACGUCAUCGAUAUAUGCGUCGUCAAGAGGCAAUAUCAAACGAUGACGAAAUGCAACAAGAUACUUAUGAAGAAGAUGGUGAUGAUGAUGAAUCAUCCGUUUCUAUUCCUUCAUCAAUUGACUAUCCAUCGACAACUACCGAAAGUCCAUAUGACAAGGCUAAAACAAUUGGCGAAGAAGUUAUAAAAAAAGUUCCGAUAAUUGACAUUGAAUAUCCUCCACAGGUUCAACCGGACAUGGAUGAAUUAGCAUUAAAUAUGGAAGAUGAAGAUCGAACUUCACAAAAAUAUGAAAUUAUCAAUUUGGGUAAAAUAGAAUAUUCAAUUGAUUAUGAUUUUCAAAAACAAGAACUUAAAGUUGAAGUUAUUCAAGCACAAGAACUGCCACCUAUGGAUUUAAGUGGAACAUCUGAUCCAUAUGUUAAAGUAUAUGUAUUACCAGAUAAAAAGAAAAAAUUUGAAACAAAAGUUUAUCGAAAAACAUUAAAUCCUGUUUUUAAUGAAACAUUUAUAUUUAAAAAUUUAGCAUAUGGUGACAUCGGUAGUAAAACACUUGUUUUUGCUGUUUAUGAUUUCGAUCGUUUUUCUCGACAUGAUCAAAUUGGUGAAGUAUUGAUUCCAUUAAAUACAGUUGAUCUAGGAAAAGUUAUAAGAGAAAUAAAAGAUUUAAUACCACCGGCUGGUGAACGAGAAGCAGAAAACAAAUUAGGUGACAUUUGUUUUUCUCUUCGAUAUGUUCCAACAGCUGGCAAACUGACAAUUACGAUACUGGAAGCUAAAAAUCUUAAAAAGAUGGAUGUUGGUGGACUUUCUGAUCCUUAUGUUAAAUUAUCAAUAUUGAUGAAUGGAAAACGUAUAAAAAAGAAGAAAACAUCAAUCAAAAAAUGUACAUUAAAUCCAUAUUAUAAUGAAUCGUUUACAUUCGACGUACCAUUCGAACAAGUUCAGAAAAUACAAUUACAAGUUACAGUUGUCGAUUAUGAUCGUAUUGGUACAUCGGAACCAAUUGGAAAAGUUGUUUUAGGUUGUAAUUCAACUGGUACUGAACUACGUCAUUGGACCGAUAUGCUUGCUUCGCCUCGAAGACCUAUUGCUCAAUGGCAUGUACUUAAAGAUUCUGAUGGUGACAAAUCAUCCUAA